UUUUCCCCUUUUUAACUAUCUCUUUUUUUUUUACUAUUUCUUGUUGAGAUUCUGAUCAUCUAGUAACUAUGGCAAAGAGUAAAGGUUCGCUAAACAAGAAGAGCGCAUGGAAAGCUAUUCAAAAGAAAAUCAAGCCAGAACGUCCAGCUUCUAUGACUUCUCAAGAGUCAUAUCAAACAACCAGUUCAGCUGAACUGUCUAUAAAUAAUAAAUCCAACAAGGUAGUUGACCAAUCUUCUAUUUCAUCCAAUGAUACUUUUGAAGAUGCUCUGAACUUGAAAGACGAACAAGGCCAAGAGGAAAGCAAGUCUAAAGCCAUUGAACAAGAGCUUGGGCAAGUACCUCAAGUCAAUGAUCAAGAGCCUGAGGUCGCUGAGAAGAAUCCCAAAGAAACUGAACCACACCAAGUGUUUGCUGAUACAGAGCCUACAAAGCCUACUCGAAUGUCAUUAAUCUUGCCUGCUUUACAAAACCAUGGGUUAUCAGAUGAAGACGACGACGAUGUAAGCGAAGAUGAGGACGAGCAAUUGGAUAAGCAGGAAAAGAAACAAGGACAUGAUUCUUUGAAAAAAACAGAGACGGAACAAAAAGAAUUAGCUACAAUUGCUGAAAUUGAAGCACUCGAAGUUGCUUCUGUCCCCGCUUCGUUCGUGUCUUCUAGACCUGCAACGUAUGAACCUGUACCAGCUGAAGGAUCUCGUUCGUCCGUAAUGCUGAACCAAAUCAAAGAAACUGAUGAAAUUCACACGAUGCAAUCAGAUGUUGAACAGAAAAAGCAAUUCGAGGCUACACUAGUGGUUGCAUUGGAUUUAGAGGAAUCAAAAAACGAAAUGAACGCUAAAGAACAAGACGAAGAAGAGCAAGAAAUUAGUCAAAUUGAAAAUGAAAAUCCAGUUAAAAACCAAAGAGAAACUCCAAUUGAAGACUCUACUGAGAAAAACGAACAGAAGUCAGAAGAAAGCCUAAUUGAAAAAAAAGAAGAAACGCAGGUUGAAAGUUCUGCUGAGAAAAAUGAACAGCAACCCGAAAAAGUCUCUAUCGAAGAUCAAGAAGAAAAGGACAAGAAACAGGAAGAAGAAAAGGUCGAUCUUAAAACAAUUUUAAUCGAAUCAACUACUGAGCCAGAAAAAGAAGAAUUUAUUGUUGCAAAGCAUUUGGCUGCUAUUUUGCCUGCUGUUGAGGAAUCAGUCAAGGCAGUUUCCGAGGAGCAAUCGAAAUUACUCAAGCCUAAAAAAAGCCUGAAUGAUAGACAAGUUUCAGAAGAAUGCCAGCGUGCUACUCGUAGCAAAGAAUUUGAAUAUUCUAUCGAAGACCCUAUUGAUUUGGAUUUGUUUAGAGACAAUGUAAUUGCUAUUGAAGCUAUUGAUCCCAAAGAUAUCCCUCCUAACAAUUUAAAACCUCAUGAGCAAGAAAAAGCUGAUGAAUCUGUAAGACAAGCUAUAAAGCUCCUAUUUGAUAACAAGUUUAUGAAGGCAAAAUCUUUAUUCCAGACAAAAGCAAGCAUCGACCCCUUGUAUGCAUUGGGUUUAGGUGCAAUGGCAUUCAUUAAAGCUAUCAUGACAUACCAUGACAAUGACAGAGAGGCAGCUAUGAAUGCACUUGCAACAGCAUAUACAAUUGCAAAGACUCAGAUUGACAACACUUCGUUCAAGAAACCAUUCAAGGAUACAGUCAGCCAAUACUUUACUUCUUUCUUGCACACGAAUACGGGAUUGCCCAGUAAUCCUCCUGUUUCCUCUAUGCCAAAUAGCAGUGGUGGUUUAUCUGAUCCUAGUGCUUUUCUUCCCAAUGGCGUAUUAAGAGCACAUGUCAUUAAAGCCGAGUGCUGUCUGUUGAUGGGUAUUCUUCAAAUGACGCAUGAAAGCGUUGUAGGCUAUGUCAAGUGCGGUUUGAACAUCAGAAGAGCAUAUCAUAGCUACAGUGUUGUAUGGCAGGAAUACAAAAAGAUGGGCCAAGAAUAUACGAAAUACAUGGAUCCUGAUACGGUCUCUGCUAUUCAGUUUGGCAUUGGCUCUGUGCAUCUGAUUUUGUCUUCAAUGCCACCUAAAAUUUUAAAAAUAUUCUCAAUUUUGGGAUGGAAGAGUGACAAACAAUUAGGUUUUGCUUUACUUAAGCUUUGUCUAGAAGGCCGCGGUAUUCGUGCACCUUUGGCUUCACUCACACUUCUGGCUUAUUAUUCCAUUUUGACCUCAUUUGCACCACAAUUAUACUCUAAAGAAAUGAUGAGUCCAGCUAUUGAAUGCUUGCUGAAUGCACAACACUAUCAUCCCAAUUCAUGCUUCUUUUUAUUCUUUGCAGCAAGAAUUGCUCGUGUAGCACGCAACAUACCACUCUCAACUCAAUCUUUUACGUUUGCAGCUGAAUCAACUCGAGGUGAAUGGGCUGAGGUUGCUAUGAAGCAAAUGUCAGAUUAUGAAAUUGGCUUCAACUUGGCGCUGCAGCUUGAAUGGGAAUCAGCUGCUAAGUACUUUGAACAGCUAAGUCAAGAAAAAUACUGGUCUCCUGCUUUUUCAAAAUAUUUUGUUGGUGCUUGCUAUGAAAUGAUGGGCCUUCGCACAGAAGCUAUUUUGGCAUUUGCUGAGGUUCCUAAAUAUGCUUCUGAAAAGAAGACAUAUAUCGAUACGUAUGUAUUGAAGAAGGUUGAAUUCUUUCAACAGAGUGGAUAUCAAGAUAUGGACUUUAGCCUACCAGGUCUCGAAAUCAUGUUGGUACUCAAUGCAUUUGAGCAUAUGGAGAAAGAGUGCUUAGAAAAAUGCCUUGAUCGAGUACAAAAUGCGCUUGAUCUUGUUUAUGAAAGAGAAAAGCUAGAGUACAACAUUCGCCUUCGUGAACUAGUACCAGUGACAAGUCCUCCUGAUUAUUACGAUCAACGAGCCGUGUUGCUUUUAACAAAGUCCUCUAUCUUAAAUUCACUUGGUCGCUAUGAUGAAACUAUUUCUCAUUUAAAUUGGGUGCUUGAUCAUAAGCAAUCCAUCAAGACUGAAAGCUGGGUUGUGCCAUUUACCUACUGGGAAUCUGGUGUGACCAGUUGGGGCCUUGGCAAUUAUCAAAAAAGUCGAAAACUAUGGCAAAUGGCUAUGACGUGCACCAAAUAUGAUUUUGAGUAUCGCAUGGCUGUCAGAUUAAGUCUUGCGCUUUCUAAAUGUGACGAAAUGGGCAUACCCCCUAUUGACGAAAAGGAGCUUAAGGGAUCUUCAACAAAUAGUCGUAAAAGAAUGCCUUUAAUUAUUUCUUAAUAAACCAUUUAUUUGUACACAAA